UGAAAGAUGCAUAAUAUUCGGGCUGUUAAUCUAAACUCAUCAUUUGGGAAACACCCUCAGGAUAAGAUAACAAUCAUCGAAUUGAAAAUAUUUUCCCACUCUAUUGAGCCAUUCGAGCCGACACAUUUGCUCCACAUUGUAUGCGUUCUGGCCAUUUUGUCAGUUUCCAUAGCUUUCAGUAAGUGCAGCAACAAACAAUUUCACAUCCUUGCUGAUUAUUCUGAAGCGAUGACACAACCCAUUUACAUCUCGAUUAUAGAGGUUCAAUGUUUUUUUUUUUGAAAUCUAUGAAAUAUGCGACUCCAUACAGUAACUUCUUGUUGUUGUUGUCCAUCAUUGACCACAUCUUGUAUAACAAAAACAUAAUGCCUGCAAAUGAAAUCAUCUUCAGCUAUGCUAAAUCUGCGACCUCGACCUCGAACCGACAUGUUGGAUUUGUGGAGUGAAAGAAUGGAGAUUGAAGAAAUGAUGUGAAUUGAAAUGAAAUUUGAUAUUGUAUUUAUAGGAUGAUGAAAUGAUGACCGUUAGAUGAAAUGAUAUUUAUAGAAUGGAGAUUGAAGAAAUGAUGUGAGUCUAAACCGCUGCCGGUGGAAAGUAGACCGAUUUGUUUUUCCUAAACCACUCGACCGCUCGGUAGAAGCUUGACCUGCUUGUUUGCCAGCUUCAUAAUGGGUACAAAACUGGCAAACAAGCCAGCUUGUUGUGCCCAUAGGAAGUGGCCUAAGGGGCAGAUUUACUGGUUGAAUGUUCCAUGGUUGUUCACGGGAGACAAAUCACUGGACACAUCCCAAGCUCAAAUUAGUAUUUCUGAUUAUUUACGAAGCAUAAAGGCUCUCCCUCUAGAUUCCCUCAAAACAGGAAAGAAAAUACAGCUGUUGGUAGUUCUUUACAUUGAAAUUGAAGGAUUUUUAGAAGCAAAUCAAAAGAAUAUAUUCUCCAUUAAUGUCAAUUGUAAAUAAAGAUUUUUACCUGUACUCUGCACAACUAUAAGUGCGUUGUCUUGAUUCUUACACAGAUAAGUGAGAUUUAAUUUUAAUCUUAUUCUAGUCCGCCAUUAAUACUUUAUCUAUGCGGAUAUCAAGUUUCUCUGUUUUUCUAUCAAAUUCUAAAAAACCUUUUCACCAGAUCUGUUCUGCCACAAAAACCAUAUCAAUUUGCUAUGAAAAUCAUCACAGACCCAAUACAUCAACAAAUCAUUGUUUCCGAAAUGGCAACAAGUUUAGAAAAUUCUCAUCAAUCCCCAAUAAUAUCUCUGAUAUUGCAACAACAUGUUCCUCAUUUAAUCAAGAUCAUCAUCACCAGAAACCCAUUAUUACUCAAAAAGAUGAUGAAACAUGGUUAAAGAUACUUGAAGAAGCUAGAUCUGAUGUUGAAAACGAACCCAUUUUAUCAGAAUACUAUUCGAGAUCGAUUCUAUCUCAUACUUCUUUAGAAAGUUCAUUAGCUAAUCAAAUCGCAAUGAAACUAAGCAACUCAAAUCUCCAAACCAGCACCCUUUCAGAAAUCUUCCUGGGUAUUUUGAAUGAAGAUGAAGAAAUAAAAAAAUCCAUCAGACUCGAUUUGAUGGCAGUCAAAGAAAGAGACCCAGCUUGCAUCAGUUACGUUCAUUGUAUUCUAAACUUCAAAGGGUUCUUGGCAAUCCAAACACACCGAAUCGCGCAGAAAUUAUGGUCACAAGACAGGAAAACACUAGCUCUGUUAAUCCAAAACAGAGUUUCAGAAAUAUUCGGUGUUGAUAUUCACCCGGCUGCGAAAAUCGGACACGGGAUAUUACUCGAUCACGCAACCGGUGUUGUCGUCGGAGAAACGUCGGUGAUCGGAAACAAUGUGUCGAUUCUGCAUAAUGUGACGUUAGGUGGAACCGGAAAUGUUUGUGGCGAUAGGCAUCCCAAAAUUGGUGAUGGUGUUUUGAUAGGUGCGUGUACUUCUAUAUUAGGGAAUGUUAAGAUUGGUGAAGGUGCUAAAAUUGGUGCGGGAUCCGUUGUUUUGAAAGAUGUGCCUGCGAGAACUACUGCUGUUGGUAAUCCUGCUAGGUUGCUUGGAGGUAAAAAGAAUCCGUCCAAGUUGGAUAAAAUUCCUAGUUUUACUAUGGAUCAUACUUACUCUUUUUUGAGUGAUUCUCAUGAUUAUGUAGUUUAAAUUAAAGUUUAUAAAAUGUAGUUUAAAUUAAAGUUUAUAAAAUAAAGUGAAACUCCA